AUGUCGCGCCCCGAAGAGAUCGCGCCGCCAGAAGUGUUUUACGGGGACACCGAAGCCACCAAGUAUACUCAAAAUACUCGUAUUCAGUCAAUUCAGGCGCAAAUGACCGCCCGAGCACUAGAAUUGCUCGCAUUGCCAGAGGACGAAGUGGCGUUUCUGUUAGAUAUAGGAUGUGGAAGUGGGCUCAGCGGGGAGAUGUUGGAUGAGGAAGGACAUAUUUGGGUGGGGUGCGAUAUUGCGCCGAGCAUGCUAGAGGUGGCACUGGAGAGGGAAGUAGAAGGGGAUCUGUUCUUGCACGAUAUUGGACAGGGAUUCGGAUUCCGCCCAGGAACCUUUGACGGUGCUAUCAGUAUUUCCGUGAUUCAAUGGCUCCUCAACGCCGACGCGACCUCCCACUCCCCCACCCAACGCCUCACCCGCUUCUUCACCACCCUCCACGCAUCCCUCCGGAAUCCCUCCCGCGCAGUCUUCCAAUUCUACCCCUCCUCGGACGAUCAAGUCCACAUGAUCACCUCUGCUGCCCAGCGCGCGGGAUUCGGCGGUGGUCUAGUCGUCGACUAUCCCAAUUCUCGCAAGGCGCGCAAGAUGUAUCUGGUGCUCAUGGUGGGAUCGCAGGAGGUACCGAAGGGACUGGACGGGGAGGAGAUGGCUGUGCAGGGGAAGAAUGGGGUGGGGGCCGAGCGGAAGAAGGAGGAGGUGCGGAAUGAGCGGAGGAGGAGAAAGGAGGAAGGGAAGAGUAGGAAAGGAAAGAAGGAGACGACGGGGAAAGAGUGGGUCAUGAAGAAGAAGGAGCUGUAUCGGGUCAGGGGCAAAGAGGGUGUACCGCGAGAUUCGAGGUAUACGGCCCGGAAGAGAAGAGUCCAAUUCUGA